GAAAUGUAAGGCAGUGCUUCCUGGAGCUGAUGGCAAAAUGGGACCCAUCUCCAGUUAUUCCUCGGGCACCCCAGCUUUGCAAAUCUGGGAAAGAACCUACAUAAACAUAUUGGUGAUGUAGCCAGCUUAAAAGGCUGAGAGAAUCCUUAUGGAUUCAGGAGACUGUUUUUUUAUUUAGAUUUUUAUUUUUUAUUUGGAAGAUGAAAUGCUUCUCUCGUUACCUGCCUUACAUCUUCAGACCUCCGAACACCAUCCUUUCUUCCAGCUGCCACACAGAAGGCUCGGACCAUGGUGCAGUCCCACUGGCUCCCCUGCCCCCCUCUCCUGUGAGACUGGCUGCGGGGAGGGAUCAUGGAUACUUGUCUGCCGGCUUCUGGUUCCCACGCAAGUAAGCCUGCUGUCAAUGGAGGAGGACAUUGAUACCCGCAAAAUCAACAACAGUUUCCUGCGCGACCACAGCUAUGCGACCGAAGCUGACAUUAUCUCUACGGUAGAAUUCAACCACACGGGAGAAUUACUAGCGACAGGGGACAAGGGGGGUCGGGUUGUAAUAUUUCAACGAGAGCAGGAGAGUAAAAAUCAAGUUCAUCGUAGGGGUGAAUACAAUGUUUACAGCACAUUCCAGAGCCAUGAACCUGAGUUCGAUUACCUGAAGAGUUUAGAAAUAGAAGAAAAAAUCAAUAAAAUAAGAUGGCUCCCCCAGCAGAAUGCAGCUUACUUUCUUCUGUCUACUAAUGAUAAAACUGUGAAGCUGUGGAAAGUCAGCGAGCGUGAUAAGAGGCCAGAAGGCUACAAUCUGAAAGAUGAGGAGGGCCGGCUCCGGGAUCCUGCCACCAUCACAACCCUGCGGGUGCCUGUCCUGAGACCCAUGGACCUGAUGGUGGAGGCCACCCCACGAAGAGUAUUUGCCAACGCACACACAUAUCACAUCAACUCCAUAUCCGUCAACAGCGACUAUGAAACCUACAUGUCUGCUGAUGACCUGAGGAUUAACCUAUGGAACUUUGAAAUAACCAAUCAAAGUUUUAAUAUUGUGGAUAUUAAGCCAGCCAACAUGGAGGAGCUCACGGAAGUGAUCACAGCAGCCGAGUUCCACCCCCAUCAUUGCAACACCUUCGUGUACAGCAGCAGCAAAGGGACAAUCCGGCUGUGUGACAUGCGGGCAUCUGCCCUGUGUGACAGGCACACCAAAUUUUUUGAAGAGCCGGAAGAUCCAAGCAACAGAUCAUUUUUCUCUGAAAUUAUCUCUUCGAUUUCGGAUGUGAAGUUCAGCCACAGUGGGAGGUAUAUCAUGACCAGGGACUAUUUGACCGUUAAAGUCUGGGAUCUCAACAUGGAAAACCGCCCCAUCGAGACUUACCAGGUUCAUGACUACCUCCGCAGCAAGCUGUGUUCCCUCUAUGAAAAUGACUGCAUUUUUGAUAAAUUUGAGUGUGUGUGGAAUGGGUCAGACAGUGUCAUCAUGACGGGCUCCUACAACAACUUCUUCAGGAUGUUCGACAGAAACACCAAGCGUGAUGUGACCCUUGAGGCUUCGAGGGAAAACAGCAAGCCCCGGGCUAUCCUCAAACCCCGAAAAGUGUGUGUGGGGGGCAAGCGGAGAAAAGACGAGAUCAGUGUUGACAGUCUGGACUUUAGCAAAAAGAUCUUGCAUACAGCUUGGCAUCCUUCAGAAAAUAUUAUAGCAGUGGCGGCUACAAAUAACCUAUAUAUAUUCCAGGACAAGGUUAACUAGGUGGACAAGUUAUUACUUAAUAAUCUCACAUACUGAAUACUAGUCAAACAAGUUUUUAAAUGUUCUUUGGGUCUUCAUUUGAUGCAUUGACUUUAAUUUCCCUAUGCAGGAAAUGAUUGGAAUAGAAUUAAAAGGAGUCCAACAUUCCCAGCUCCCCAGUUCUAAGAAACUUUUGUCAAACCCAAUAGGUUUGGGACACUUCUGUUUAGAAUUGAAAGCUGCCAGCUAACAGUAAUUCUUCCAUAGUUGACUUGAACUUCUGAUGCUUUUAUUGCCCAGUUUUCUCUGGUGGGUACAGUGUUUUGUUCCUAGGUGUCUGCUGCGAUAAAAUGAGGUUGUCUGUAGUAUUUAAGGAGAAAAGAGAUAAGUUUUUUUUAAUUAAGCAAUUCCAUUUGAUUGAAAAAAAUCAACAAAAAAUAAACACCGUUUACUCUUAGACAAA